UCAACCAUUAUUGAGAUUUAAACUCUUGACAUUUUUCUCCAGCCUCCAGGGAAGCAUAAUUACAUGUUUCAGCACAGAAUAGCACAGCAAAAGAAUUGCAAGCCAUUGCCUAAAAUGAUUUGCGUGUUUCUUCUCUUUGUUAUUUCCCUUUUGAGUUCCCAACCAGUUAUCGCGCAAAGCACCCGGCAAACUUACAUUGUCCAUGUGAACUUACCUGCAGAUCAAGUUCCAGGAGAAUCACGAGACCUGGAAACCUGGUAUCGUUCGUUUCUGCCCGAAGCCACUGCAAACUCAGAGGAACCAUCUCGAAUUCGUCACAGGUACCGGAACGUGGUCACUGGAUUUGCAGCAAAAUUAUCUCCAGAAGAUGUGAAAGAAAUGGAGAAGAAGGAAGGAUUUUUGCACGCGAGGCCUGAGAAAAUGUAUGCUUUAAAGACAACUCAUAGCCCGAAUUUCCUGGGGCUGUAUCAAAAUCUUGGUUCCUGGCCAGAAUCGGACUAUGGCAAGGGUGUGAUAAUUGGAGUCCUGGACUCUGGAAUCACGCCAGGCCACCCGUCGUUUGAUGAUGAGGGCGUCCCCCCCCCACCGGCCAGGUGGAAAGGGAAAUGCGAGUUGAAGGGCACUGCAUGUAAUAACAAGCUUAUUGGAGCCAGGAACUUUGCCAGGGAUGAUCCAGGCCCGCCAAUCGAUCAUGAUGGACACGGCACCCACACUGCCAGCACAGCUGCAGGAAACUUUGUUUCAGGUGCCAAUGUGUUUGGUCAAGCCAAUGGCGUGGCUUCUGGAUUGUCCCCUCUUGCUCACCUGGCCAUUUACAAAGUAUGCUCCGAGGAAGGAUGUUAUGAAAGUGAUAUAUUGGCCGCAUUCGAUGCAGCCAUCGAGGACGGGGUCAACCUGCUGUCCAUCUCUAUUGGUGGAAUAUCUGCUCCUUUCUAUGAGGAUGGCAUAGCUUUGGGUGCAUUCUCAGCAAUGGAGAAAGGCAUUCUGGUGAGCUGCUCAGCUAAUAACGAUGGUCCCAACUAUUUUUCCUUGGAAAAUGAGGCACCCUGGAUUCUUACAGUUGGUGCCAGCACUAUCGAUAGAAAAAUAGUUGCCACGGCAUUGCUAGGAAACCAGGAGGAAUAUGAUGGCCAAUCACUUUACCAAAUACAUGAUUUUCCCGCCACAUUAUUACCUCUGAUUAAUGCAGGCUCUCAAGGCAACAAAGCUGAUGAAUUCUGCGCUCCUGGAUCAUUAAACGACAUUGACGUUAAAGGGAAGGUAGUUUUAUGCGUGAGAGGUGGAGGUAUUGCAAGAAUUGCCAAAGGGCAAACGGUGAAAGAUGCCGGUGGUGCUGCCAUGAUUCUCAUGAAUGACAAGCCCGACGCCUACGACACUUUAGCUGAUGCACAUGUACUUCCAGCGGCACAUGUGAGUUAUGCUGAUGGAGAAAAGAUCAGAGCAUAUAUAAACUCGACCUCCAAUCCCAAAGCAACCAUCUUAUUCAAAGGGACAGUAAUAGGAGAUAAAACAGCUCCCAUGGUUGCAUCAUAUUCCUCCAGAGGGCCUAGUCUGGCCAGUCCAUUAAUCUUGAAGCCCGACAUUAUCGGCCCCGGUUCAAGCAUACUAGCAGCAUGGCCUAAACCCGUGGACAACACCACAAACGUAAAGGCGACUUUUAACAUGAUCUCUGGCACUUCAAUGGCGUGUCCUCACCUAAGUGGCAUUGCGGCCCUGAUAAAAAGUGUGCACCCUGAUUGGUCUCCCGCUAUGAUUAAGUCCGCCAUUAUGACUUCUGCUACUCAAACUAACCUCAACAACAGCCUCAUUCUCGACCAGAGACUCCUGCCUGCUGACAUCUUCGCCACGGGGGCUGGACACGUAAAUCCUCCCAGAGCAUUAGAUCCAGGCCUUGUUUACGACAUCAAGACCCGCGAUUACAUUUCCUACUUAUGUUAUAUGUACACUGAAAAUCAGGUGGCUAUCAUUGUAAACCGGAAGAUCAACUGUGGUGGAUCUGAGUAUAAAGGUGUACCCGGACCACAGCUGAACUAUCCCUCAUUUGCUAUCCAACUUGGAUAUGGUAGUCAAACAUAUCCAAGGACAGUGACAAAUGUUGGAGAUGCAAAAUCAUCAUAUUAUGUCCAGAUUGAAAAUGUUCCAGGUGUGGACGUGACAGUCGAGCCUAAGGUACUCGCUUUCAGUAAGGUGAAUCAAAAGAAGACUUACACGGUUUCCUUCAGCAGACAAGACUUCACUGCAAAUGGAUCUUAUGUUCAAGGGUCCAUUGCCUGGAUUUCUGUGAAACACAUUGUCAGAAUCCCCGUCUCCGUCCACUUGGUGUUAUAGAAAAAGGAAAAUGCAAGCAA